CCCCGCCCCGUCCCGUCCCGUCCCGUCCCGUCCCAGCACAGCAGCCCCCGGCAGAGGGACCCGGGGAGCGGUCGGGGGUCCCGGGUCGGGCCGCACCACCCACGGGCGGGGCCGGAAUCGGGUUUCACAUCCUGCCCCGCUCGCGGGCAGAGCAGCCAUGGCGGAGAGCUCAGACUGGGUGGAGAUCAUCGAGCCCCGCUCCCAGGAGCGGAUGUAUGUGAACCUGACCACUGGGGAGUGCAGCUGGGAGCCCCCUCCCAACCUGAAGGUGCGCCUGUCAGACCAGAAGCAGUGGUGGGAACUCUUCGACCAGAACAACAACCGCUUCUACUACUACAAUGCCAUCACGCGGCAGACAGUGUGGCACCGGCCCCAGGGCUGUGACAUUGUGCCCUUAGCACAGCUCCAGGCCAUGAAGGGCAGCUCCCAGCCUGACUGCUGUGGCCAGGAGCACCGAGGCAGCACUGGCAGCGGUGGCAGAAGCACUCCCAUCCAAAUGACUGUCUUGGAGGAGAUGGAGAAGGGCAAGAGGAAUAGUGUGGCAGAGAAGAGGAAAGAUCCUGCCAGGGAGACUCCUACCCAUUGGCAGCCUCUGCCAGGCACAAAAGCAGCCAUGUUGGUCAAAGUGAACAGUUUGAGGCAGAUGCAGAACUUUUCAAACAGUUCUCUUCAGCUGCAAGGCACUCCAAAGCCCAACAGCCCAAAAUCUCUUCCCAAACCAGCUAUGUAUGCUCAGCCUCAAUCCACAUCCCAGAGCCCUGGACCCACAAAGCAAAUGCCUGCUGGAGAAACAAAGCUGUCUAUGCAGAUCAAAAAGACGGAGAGUGGUGGGUUUUGCCUGGUGAUGAUGAAUGGUCCUACUUCUCAAACACCUCCAAGAAGCCGGACAGGAACCCCCCAGCCUGCAUCCCCCACAUAUGCCUCUCCUGCACCUAUAUAUGAUGAGCCAUCUUUAGAGUUGCCAAUUUAUGAUGAGCCACCAGUAGAUAUGGACACUGAAAGCAUUUGUGUGAGUAGGAUGUCUCCACCAAGGUCACCAAGCAAUAGCUUAAAAAAGCAGCUGCAACCAACCAAAUUAUUGCAGCAUCCCAGUAUGCAACAACAGCAUGCUGCAAAGAAGCAUACAAGAAAUCCCUCUUCCACUAAAUACAGCCCAGCUGGCAGAGAAUAUAUAAGACAUAUGGUCAAUGUUGACCAAUCUGCCAAACUCUCCCGCUCAUCUGCUGCAAUAAUGGAUACCUCCACUAAACUGCCUGGUCAGCUUGCUUCAAAGGACAGCUUCAAGGAGUCUUGGAGGAUCUUGGAAGCAAAUGUCCUCAAGAACAUGGAACUCCACCACAGUCGGCAAAACAGCCUGCAGACUCAGGAGUUCCCAACUGGGCAUCAGGAUUCUGGUUAUUCAACUGGCCCUUCUCCAAGCUUGAGAAAAAGGAAAGGAAGGAGGCAAGGAGCAGGUCAAGCAAGACCUGGCUCUGUGGGCAGCAGCAGUGAGCUCACAGCUCUGAAUGAUAAAGUGAUCGCUGAGAUGCGUGCUGUGGUGGGCAGGUCAGCAGCUUGCAGGGGAAGCAAAGCCAGCCUGGAUGCUGAGAGCCUGGAGAACAGUGUUCCAGCAGAGAGCAGCACGGUCAGGUUUCAGUCUGACCACUUGAAAAAAUCCAUCAGCCAGAGCUCCAGGGAUGGUGUCGCAGCCAGCAACAGGUCUCUGUACAGACAGGACAUGGAGAUUAGGGAUUUUUUUCCCAGCAGUGUGGCUGCUCCACAGGACACAAUGAGGCAGAAGAGAACUUUUGAGAAAAUAGAUUCUUUAGAAAAGAAUGUCACCAGCCAGACAAGCUUGACUUCAUCAGGCACUACACACCAUUCCUCACAGCCUGAGAUCAUAGAGCUAGAGCCCAAGCAGGAGGGCAGCAGUCAGCGUGGUGGCUGUGUGGGAUGCCAUUUCCCUUACAACACCCUACGGAAGCCCAUCUCUCAGAGCAGCAUGGCGGAUUGGGCUUCCAAAAACCUGAACAUGCACACGCAAGGCAUCUUCCGAAGAAGGAUCUCCAUCUCCAACAUGCUGUCCUGGAAUGGUGGCUCCAUUAAAAAGCCAAUGCUCAUCACUAGCAACCGGGCCAUCAAAAAAGAGGCAUGUGAGAUGUUCAAACUGGUGCAGAGCUACAUGGGCGAUCGUCAGACUCGCAUGGACCGCAAUCACGUGGCAUUGGUCACAGUCACCAAGUGCUGGAGCAUGCAAGGCUUGCGGGAUGAGCUCUACAUACAGCUGAUCCGGCAGACAACAGAUAACAUGUGCUACCGGAGCCUGGCAUGGGGCUGGGAACUCAUGGCCAUCAGUCUGGCCUUUUUUUCCCCAUCACCCAAAUUUCAGUCUUACCUGGAAGGCUACAUUUACCGCCACCUUGACAAUGAUGAAAAGAUUGCCCAGCACAUCAAGGAGCUUGUGGAUCUGAAAAACAAGAAGAUCACAAAAUCCAGAAAAAAGAGGAAACAAAACACAGAGGAUGAAGGUCUGCCCAUUAGCACCUACGCCAAGUACUGCUACCGGAAACUCCAUAAAGUAGCCGUCACUGGAGGCAAAAAGGGCCUCCGUAAACCAACAGUGGAAGAGAUAAUGCAUGCCAGGAAUGCCAUCCUCACGCCAUCGCUCUUCGGCAGCUCCCUGGAGGAAAUCAUGCUGCGGCAGCAGGACAUGUACCCAGGGAACAAGCUCCCGUGGGUGCAGACACAGCUAUCACAGCAGGUCCUGGCCCUGGGAGGGGAACAGACUGAGGGGAUUUUCAGGAUACCAGGUGACAUAGAUGAAGUCAAUGCAUUGAAAUUGCAGGUGGAUCAGUGGAGAAUCCCAAACAGUCUCAGUGACCCCAACAUACCAGCCUCUCUCCUCAAGCUGUGGUAUCGGGAGCUGGAGGAGCCUGUCAUCCCCCAGCAGUUCUACAAAGAGUGUAUCAGCAACUAUGAGAACCCCGAUGCUGCCGUGGCUGUGGUGCAGCUUUUGCCAGAGCUCAACAGACUGGUGCUGUGUUACCUCAUACACUUCCUGCAGAUCUUUGCUCAGCCAUCAAAUGUGGGCAGAACAAAGAUGGAUGUGAAUAACCUGGCCAUGGUGAUGGCCCCCAACUGCCUGCGCUGCCAGUCCGACGACCCUCGUGUUAUCUUUGAGAACACACGCAAAGAAAUGUCUUUUCUCCGCAUGCUGAUAGUGCACUUGGACACGAGCUUCAUCAAAGGGCUGGUUUGAGCCACUGGCCCCAUGGUGCUAAACAUUGCUCUGAGGAGUUGCUAGAUUAAGUCUUCUUCUCUCCAUGUAGGUUUCUUCCAUUGUCCUUGCUGUUGUCGUGCCCUGGGUUAGCCCUUCAGCAUCUCCCAAUAUAUGAUUACAAGGACUGGGCAUUUCUGGAAGGCUUGGUUCUGUCAGCACCUGGAAAUCCUUGGGUAUGCCAGGUCAGGUUAGCAGUUCCUGGCCUUUCUGUGUGUGUCAGAGAGGUGCAAUCCUCUUCCUGAGAGCCACAAGAUUGGGUGCUUAAUGAAAGGGCUGUGACAUUGUGCGAGGAACUGCUACAUGGGGCAGUGAGACUCCAUUUCCCUUCUAGAGGCAGAGUCGGCUUGAGGUAGGAGAACAUCACUCCUGUGCUGUGGCAAGAUCUGGUCCGAGGGAAGAUGCUGCCUCAUCAGGAAUAAUCCUACUACUACAGGGCCAGCCUUGUUCACCUCUGCAGACUGUUGGCUGGAGGUGUCAGGGUUGUUCUGAUGUCCCACAGUGCUGUUGGUAGAGGGCUGUGAAGGUGCAGAGGUUCAAGAAUUGUAGAGCUGCGCAGCAGCAUGUGAGACCAGCUUAGUACCCACCCACACCAUGAUACUGGGCACAACAGGAAGGCCACACACCUGACAACAAACAGGUAAACAACCACUUUGGCAUCCUCUUUAAUGAGGGCUGUAUCUUCUGGAGCAGUGACCACAGUGGCCUUGCAGCUCCUGUUUGCUACAAACAGCAUGAGCUGACACCGGCUUUGCUGAGGAGCACCUGAGCCCAUGCUCAGAGCAGCCUUCACAGCUCCAGCUCCUCACAGCCCCCUUCCUAAUACCACAUCCUUCCCAGACCACUCUGCCAGGAACUAAAUACCAGUUUGACCCACCCUUCUGGCUCAGCCCAGGUCUAAAGAAAGGCCCCAACAGUCAGAAGUGGUCCUGUGCUCAGGUACACCCUUCCAGAAAAAGCAGUGCUGUGUGCUUGAGAAAUGCUAGUACUGCCUGUAGUCAACUGUAGUAUCUAUGCUCUUCCUUGGAGGUGUUUUCCUUGCUGGAGGCAGGUCUGCUGCAGAAAAGUAUGUUUUGGGAUUACUGAUGUAAAGUCUGCCAGUAUCAUGCAAGGUUGCAUUUGUGUUUCUGUAUCCCUUUCCCUUUCCAGUGGGGACCUGAGAUCAUCCUCUCCAGACUGCAGUGGGGAGCUGAGCCCUGCCAACAGCAAGGUUUAGAGCUGAUGCCUGAAUCAGUACCAGCGUGAGUGUGAGGUGCCAUGUGCUGAGUCUUUCUAAGAGGGUUCCCAGAGCCUAUGUUCAUAUGAGUUUGAAUGAACUCCAGAGCAGGAAUUCAGUUUUGUGCCCAGCUGAAUAAAGGUUCCUCAUACCAGAUGAUUCUGUGGUCCUGUGGGCCAGGAAAUGUGCUCCCUUGUCAAGAUUAGCUUUGUCAAGCAUGCCCACGAAAUGUGCCAGCAUCUGUUUCACGUACACACCCAUCUCCAUGCUUUGAUGCCGCUCAGCUUGCUCUGUCCUUCUGUAGUGCUGAACAACUUGUUCUUCAGAUGUGAAGCUACUGCCCCAGAAGUGCAGAGACAGGCAGAGGUUACCAGCUCUGACAUGCUGUCCUGAGAUUUGAAUCACUGAACAAGCUCAGGCUGUCCUGUUGCCUGCCAAGGGCUGGAGCAGCCAUGUGGGACCUGCCCUCCUCUUCAGGCUGCAGGUGCCUAUGUCUGUGUCAAGCUUUGCCUGCAGCCACUGAAGUAGUGAUCCAUGUUACUUCUUGCACUCAGCCAGUGGCAGUCAAUCAAACCAUAGGCAUUUGCUGCUAAUAAAAGUGAAUGAUUCUGGCAAGGGUUGUAAAACAUGCUCAUAAAAGACACUGGAUAUUACUGUCUUUGCCAACGGAUUUGUAAAUACAAUCAGUAAAGUAGCUUUUCCUCUGUUCUAAUAGUAAUAAAUACAAUCUUCAUGGCUGUA